AUGGUCUUGCCGCCCACGUCGAAGCGGCGCAAGUCGCUGGAUCUGCACUUCAACGCCGUCAUCGCCAGCUGCGGAUCGAAGCUCAGCGAUCCCGCCAGGUGCAACAAGGCCGUGGUGAAAUCAGCUGAGUCCGUCUUUGUACAGCUUCAUGUCGAGGCGCGCAUGGACGAAAAGGUGCCUCCCUUGAGCAAGGAGGAGACCUCGGAGUUUCGUGAUCGCUUCAAAGAGUUGGUCGUUGGGGACUCCAAGCGAGUGGUCACCAAGAAGAGCCGUUCUGAGCAGUACUCCGGCUGGAAGAAUCUGGUUCAGAGUGGCUACAUGGCCAUGAGACCAGUGGUGCCGGAAUCUCUGGCCAAGACGGUGAACAAGAUGAGCAGCAGUGGAGAAUCGACCUGGACCGCCGCCUACGAUUCCUCCUUCGUGAAGGUCUCUGUGGCCAAGGGCAAGAGCAAGUUUCUGGGCGAGAAGAAAAGACACCAAGACGGACGGACUCUGGGCCACGAAACGGCCAGCCGCCUUGCUGCGUCCACUCGAAACAGCCAAGAUUUGGAGGCAGUUCCCAGUCUCUUAGACAUCCCACUGGCGUCUGGGUCAACUUGUCUGGCCGGCGUCUCAAUCUGCAAAACGAACUCCACUCGGUAG